AUGUCGAAUGAAGGAAGCAGAGUGACAGGGAUAAAUCCAGUAUUGCUUAUAGAUAAAAUAAUUAGAGCCAAAAUAUACGCUUCUACUUAUUACAAAGAAAGCUGUUUUGCAUUAAAUGCAAAAACUAUUAUAGAUCGGGCUGUCGAGUUGAAGUCAAUUGGUGGGACUUUUGGAGGUGCAAGAAAACCUACCCCUUUUCUUUGUUUAGCUUUAAAAUUGCUCCAAAUAAAUCCUGAAUGAGAAAUUAUACAAAAAUAUAUAGAGCAAGAAGACUAUAAAUAUUUGCGUGCUUUAGGAUGUUUAUAUGUGAGAUUAAUUGGAAAACCUAAGGAAGCUUAUGAAAUACUGGAGCCUGUCUAUAAUGAUUACAGAAAAAUACUUAUAAGGAAUUCAGAUAGCACUUUAUCAGUGUCACAUAUGGAUGAAUUUAUUGAGGAUUUGUUGAGCAAAGAAAUUGUUUUUGAUUUGGUCCUGCCUCAUUUGCCGAAGAGGCAUAUGCUAGAAGAAUUAGAAAUAUUAAACCUUAAACUUAACUUAACUAAGAAUAUAAAAGUGGUCCUGGAGACCCAAAAGAUCAGCCUGUAUUCAUCUCUAUAACGCUCCACCAAUUGCUUACCAGUCAGAGCACGACUUCUCAUUCCUUUGCUCUUAUGGAAGAGGGCUUGCGCUUGCCACCCUUGAGCUAGAGAUGAGAAGCCACAUGAUAUACGUCGAUGGGUUUAGGCUUCCAAAAAAUUCGAAAAAUAGACCUGCCGAAAAUGGAAACUCCUAGCUCAGGACACAACACCAAGAAUUGUGCUGGGAAGCGUUCCCGAUUUACCAUAAGGACCUCACUGGUGCUGCUGGGACAUCCAUUUCAACUCUGAGCUCCAUAUUCCCACGUGGUAGAGCCUUGGCCUGGAUGUGAGCAUGGAGUCUGCUAAAUCGGCAUUGCGCUCCACCAAACCAAGAAAAGCCUGGCAGAUGAACAUCACCGAACUCCAUCCUCCCGUCCACAAGAUCCCUGUGCCGUCCCAGCUGCAGAUGUUAAGAGUAGGUUUUCCACAUCAUUUUGAUGCAUAUAGGAAUAUUAAACCCAAGGAAAAGCGCACUUGAUAAUGAAUUACAAUUUGAAGAAAAUGUGGUGCAGCAGCAUCAUGAGGAAGAAGAAAGAGAAAGAAAAAGAAAUCUAAAGAAGAAAAGUAAGCUUGGAGAAGGAGGCCAAAAUCCUCAAAAAGAACCAGUUCCUGAAAGCAUUGAAUAUUGGAACAGCAUAAGGCAGCAAAUGGGCUUGCCUCCUCUAAAAGCUCCACCAGCGGCAAAAUAA